UCGUUUUUACACAUCCGUCUGCGAUACAGGUAAGACUAGGAUCGAACGUUGCGCCGAAAAUAGUCUAAUAAUUUGAAGGUUGGGUAAGUGUGGGAUCGCCCCGCGUGUUCAAAUAUAAGCCAUGUUUUCUUGAACCGUAAUUCAUUCUUCUGGCCGUCUCCAACUUUAAAACAUCUGUGAAUAUCAAUUCUCAUUCGUGAUGAGUUUCUCCGGAAAAGUGGUGUUAGUAACUGGCGCAAGCUCCGGUAUCGGAGCGGCUACUGCUUUGCUGUUUUCGAAAGAAGGUGCUCAAGUUGCUAUCGUUGGUCGGAAUGAAGAAAAACUGAACAAAGUCAGGCAGAUGUGCGCAGCACUCGACUCAGAUCCACUCGUCAUAAAAGCUGACGUCGCAAACGAGGAAGAAGCAAGCACUAUUAUUCAGCAAACCGUGGGUCAUUUUGGGCAAUUAGAUGUUCUUGUAAACAACGCGGGUAUCAUGAGAGCUAUGGCAGUCAGCGAUCCAAACAUCCUGCAAGUUUUUGACGAAGUUAUGAAUACGAAUCUUCGUUCGAUCGUGCAGUUGACCAGUCUUGCUGUACCUCAUCUGGAAGUCACUAAGGGGAACAUUGUGAGUGUUUCGAGUAUUGCUGCUAUGUCUGUGAGUGGGUCUAAUUUCAUGCCAUAUUGCGUGUCAAAGGCAGCCUUGGAUCAGUUCACUCGUUGCGCGGCCUUGGACCUGGCACCGUUGGGGAUAAGGGUCAACACUGUCAACCCAGGGCCGGUGAAGACAGACAUUGUUGAAAAUUCUGGUUUGGCGCCGCCAGGUGCUGAUGACGUUGUGUGGGAAGUGAUGAAGAAAUCAACGGUUUUGGGAAGAGUGAGUGAUCCAGAAGAGAUCGCGGAAAUAAUAGCAUUUUUGGCGAGCGACAAAGCGAGAGGAGUCACCGGGUCAAGCUAUGUCUCUGAUAAUGGCGGUUUGAUCAAUCGUCAGCUUCUUGGACAAAAAGUAAAUUAAAUAGACAAACAUCAUAUUGAUUCACCUUACGAUUAGGUACGAAAUAAUAUUACGACAUUCGAUUAGCGUUGUUUAUCGAUGCGUGAAUAUAAUUAUAAUGUAACAAGCAUAUUUUAUUAUUUGGUGUCUAUUAUUUUGCAAAUUAAUUGUUAACAACUGCAGCUGUUGCCAGUUACCAAUUUGAACAAAACUAAGAAUUUAAUAGUUUGUUGUUACAUCUACCCAAAAAUUCUUUGUUUACCUACGUCUCUGACCCUGUAACUAGUAAAACUGUGUGACGUGUGCAAUGAAGAGUUAGAAAGUGCACAAUGUCAAUUUUAAUAUGUUACGCCAACGGGAAUGCACUUAUUUUUUAGCCAGCCUAUAUAAAAAAAAUUUAAAAAUAAAAUUUUUGUCAUGAACAUAAACAUUAAACAUGUUUAAAGCUUGUUAUUAGAAAUACCUACCAGUUAAAAAUGUGUUUA